UCUCUACUGUAUCCAGCAGAGUGCCUAUGUAUGUCAGCCGCAAAGGUUGCCCCACGCCGCUCCAAGUUCAGCCGGGUAACCGAAGCCAUCCGGCGAAGGGCGGCCAGAUCAGAUCUUUAUAUACCACCCAACCUGGAGAUGUCAUCACUUGCAUUUUGAGAUCCGAGCACGCACAUCAUGAGCAACGGCAGGCAUUUGGCUAAAGGUUCUCCCACACCUGAUGUUCCCGAGGAUGGGAUCCUGCGGCUCUACUCCAUGCGCUUCUGUCCGUUCGCCCAGCGUGUCCACCUGGUACUCGACGCCAAGCAGAUUCCCUACCACAGCAUCUACAUCAAUCUCACCGACAAGCCGGAGUGGCUGCUGGACAAGAAUCCCCAAGGCAAAGUGCCGGCGCUGGAGCUAGUCCGCGAGCCAGGACCUCCGGUGCUGACGGAAUCGCUCCUAAUUUGCGAGUAUUUGGACGAACAGUAUCCCCUACGCCCUCUGUAUCCCCGUGAUCCCCUCAAGAAAGUGCAGGAGAAGCUGCUAAUCGAGCGUUUCGGUCCGGUGCUGGGAGCCUUUUUCAGGGCCUCCGAUGGUGGUGAUCUGGAGCCCUUCUGGGCUGGCCUGGACACCUACGAAAAGGAGCUGAGCCGGCGCGGCACGGACUUCUUUGGCGGGGAGCAGACGGGCAUCCUGGACUACAUGAUCUGGCCCUGGUGCGAGCGCCUUGAGCUGCUGAAGCUGCAACGCGGCGAGGAGUACAACUACGAUGAAGCAAGAUUCCCGCAGUUGACACUAUGGGUGGAAAGGAUGAAGCGCGACCAGGCUGUAAUGGCCUUCUACAUGGAGGCAGAGGUGCAGGCCGAGUUCUUGCGCACGCGUGCCGCUGGACAUCCCAACUACAACCUUCUGGUCAAGGAGGCUUGAUUCUAUAUCCCUUUAUUGGCAAUUUCUUCUUGGAAUGAAUAAAAAAUCUUAG